GUCGUGAGGUGUGGCGUGGGAAGGAACGUUACAGUUGCACAGUAAGGUUCGCAGCCACCGGGGAUUCCCACAGCCAUACUCGGUCGUACGCGUCAAGCGCUCACCGCUGCUGCACCACGCCCAAAACUCAGCCCGUCCAAGUGCCGGUGCUCUCCUCCCCUGCGGUCGCUACCACCUGAACCGACCCCUCCUCCACCAUGGCCGUAGGAAAAAACAAGCGUUUGUCAAAGGGCAAGAAGGGUAUCAAGAAGAAAGUCGUCGACCCCUUCACCAGGAAGGACUGGUACGACAUCAAGGCGCCCUCGAUCUUCGAGAAGCGUAACGUCGGCAAGACGCUUGUGAACAGGUCGCAGGGUCUCAAAAACGCAAACGACUCGCUCAAGGGCCGUAUCGUCGAGGUGUCCCUCGCCGACCUCAACAACGACGAGGAGCAAGCAUUCCGUAAGAUCAAGCUCCGGAUCGACGAGGUCCAGGGCAAGAACUGCUUGACAAACUUCCACGGCAUGUCCUUCUCCUCGGACAAGCUCCGGUCACUUGUCCGCAAGUGGCAGACCCUCAUCGAGGCACACGUCGACGUGAAGACGACCGACGGCUACCUCCUCCGCCUCUUCGCGAUUGGUUUCACGAAGCGCCGGCCCUCGCAGGUGCGCAAGACGACGUACGCGCAGUCCAGCCAGAUCCGGGAGAUUCGGAGAAAGAUGUUCGAGAUCAUGACGCGGGAGGCGACGUCGUGCGACCUCAAAGAGCUCGUGCAGAAGUUCGUCCCGGAGGCCAUCGGUCGUGAGAUCGAGAAGGCGGCGCGGAGUAUCUACCCCCUUCAGAACGUGUAUGUCCACAAGGCGAAGAUCCUGAAGGCACCUAAGUUCGACAUGUCGAAACUGCUUGAGCUCCAUGGCGAGUCAACAGACGAGACUGGCACGCGUGUCGUGAAGGACUUCAAGGAGCCGGAGAUUCUGGAGUCGGUCUGAGCUGUCGCAUAUUCGGUCUACCUUGUAUCCAUUCAUGCUUUCUCAUUAUCAAUGUGGGUAUGACGACAUCUAUGUGCAUGACAUGCAAUGCUAUGUAUCCUGUUCAUGAACACAUGCCGGAAGCAGAAUCGUCGCUAGGGACAGUCAAAUGGCUAGCACCGAGAUAUGAUGGCUCAUUAUUGCUCGGAUGAGAGACGGCGUGGGCUGUUCGCUGCUACUCCGUUCAGGCACCAUGAUGAGUAGCCUCGUUCAGGACUGUGGCUCUCGCGGCUCGUUCUCCUGGACCUGGAAUGGGGACCGUAUUUCACAUUUGUGAUGCUGUGACGUGAGUCCCGCGG